AUGACACCCUCAACACCGAAUCCUCCUCUCUCGCGCCUCCCUCCCGAGCUCCGCCUCAUGGUCUGGGAGGCCGCACUGCCCGAUCCGGUCGUCGACCCGCUGUACAUCUGGCGAUACGACUGCUGGACAGCCCGACUGGACGAGACCAAGAACGCACAGGACGAGGAAAAGAAAGAGCUUCACAUCGAGUUCGACCCGCGCCCGUUAGACUGCUAUGAAGUCCACCUGCCACACUUUUCGCUAAACCACGAGGCCCGAUGGGUCGCCCUGCGCUGGCUGGAGAAGCAACAGCCCCGCCUACAGAUCCGCUACCACAAGAAGACGCGGCGCUUCUCCAUCGUGCGGCCGUUCGAUCCUACCCGGGACACGGUCUAUGUCCCGUACCGUCAAUGGUUCAACUUCUUCCCCAACGCCCAUCGGAUCCGCAACCUGAUGUUGAAGGCCGGGGUGGACCAGCAGCUGGCGCACAUGUGGCCCUGGAAUCCCCGUCCCGGCCACCCCACGAUCGUGAAGCAUCCGACCCCGCUCACCCGCUUGGCGUUCCCCAGCGGCCUCCUCCACAAAAAGGGCGCGGAGUAUGUGUGCCCGAGUUCGAAAUGGUCCAGUCCCCAUCCCGAGUGUCGACAGGUCUCCAUUGUGAGCAACGCCAUGGGUGACCCCCCGGCGAGAUUCGCCGACAUCGACGUCGUGCAUCGAACGUGGGAGGUGGUGGAGUGCCCGAAGGAGAUGAAAGUCAUCGUUUGGGUCCCCGUCCACGACAAGCGCAGAAGGUGGCACACCGGGUACAGGGAGUGGGAUGAAUCGUUCGUCGAGCAGCGGCGUGCUAAGGGUGAUCGCUUCAAUGCGGACCUAGAUCGGAUCUGGUCGUGUCGGAACAGUAUCCUCAACGAGGAUACCGGAGGGGGGGAAUACCACCGGACAGUGACGGAGAGGAUUGAAAGGGGCCAGCCACUUAUGAUCAGAUCUGUUGUUGCUGUUGGGAGGUAG